AUGGUGCACCUCCGGUGGAUGUUCGUCCUUGAUUUCGACAUCAACGAUAAGAAGGUGUUCAAGUCGACCCUUCGUUCGGUGCAACGAUUCCUGAAGGCGCAAGGUUACAAACGAGGUCGACGUAACGGGUCGUCCACAAACCACCUGUCCAAUGGUAACGCUCUUGCUCGUGACGCAUACGACAGACCACAUAUCGUGAAUACCGACGAAUCCUUCAUCCACCACCACUACAAGGCGCACCAUCAGAGCUUGUAUGACCCAUCGGACGAGAACGACAUCCCGUCCAAAGAGAAGCACAAAGGGAGAUGUUACUGCUUUGUUGCGGCUGUGCUUGACUCCCCCACUACGCCGAGCAAGGUCAUGGCGCUGGACAUUUUCACCGGUGGUUCGAAGCGAGCCUCAAGUGGUCCCAAGACAGGCAAGGUGCCCAAGGACUAUCAUGGGAUGUUCGACCAUGCCUACUACGUCAAGUGGUUUGAGUGCCUGUUAGAUGAAUUGGGUGUCCUGGUGGAAGCUUGUGCUGCGUAUGGAAUCGAAGCAACUGAAGACGACUACAAGAGCCAGCUGUGGGACAAGUUGGUGGUGUACAUCAAGGCAAACAUCCACCCUGUAAUCGUGGACAUGGCAAAGCGUCGGGGGCACGCUGUCAUCUACACCCCACUCCACCAUUCUGUUCUUCAACCAAUCGAAUUGGUUUGGGCGAUUAAGAAGGGGGAGUUGGCCGUCAAUACACUGACAUGA